GAACACGGGCGGCCGUUCAUUCGUCGCGAGAGUACUUACGGAGGAAGAAGCAGAAAAUUUGUGGUCCGCCAGGCAAGAAGCGAAAACGGACCGCAGUGUCGUGAGAAAUCGAAAUUUUUGCAUAAUUCAAGUGCACGGAAAUUGUGUCCGAAGUGUGUUUGCGGGUCCCGGAGCGAUAAAUCGCACGCAUCCCACCACACCGGGAAGUGGUCGUCGUUUCGGGUUGCAUUAGUGGCCUGCUCCCGAGGUGGCACUUCACAAAAUAGGCUGGAACAGCAGCCAACAGGGGCAGAGAAAAAAAAGUGAAUCUAUCAGCAGCAGCAAUCGAGUGAGUGGAAUAAAAGUGGAAAAUGAAUCCGCGGAGCACGGCCGUCGUGUAAAGUGUGAAGAACGGAAAAUAAUCUACGACGACACGGGGUUUUUGGAGGGUUUUUCGAUUUAGCGGAGUAGAAAGGUUCGAUCGUCGGAAUAGAUUCCGACUUUGUGCGAAGGGGAAAAGGAACGUAUCGUACAAUAAUUCUUCAUUGUGCAUCAAUUUGUGCCGAUUGAGGCACACAGCAUGACCGAAAUCCGGACCAAUCUGGCUCGCACGGGAACAGCCAAAUAAAAACAAAACACGGAAAGAAGGAACGACCUCUUCACCCGCCCGGAUCUCCGACACGCCGCCACCAUCAGCAUCACCACCCAGCUCGGCCAGUAAAGGCUUCAGACACGUCUUGCAGUGAGAAGAAGAGAGCAGAAGAAGCAGACAUCAGAGUUUUAAUAUCAACAACAAAGCACGUAAAAGUUCAAGAGAAAAUAGCGUACAGAAGAAGGGAGUCAAAACAGCGCACGCGGCCACGGAUCCGUUCCGUCGAAUGUGUGUGCAAAAGUGUGAAGUUGUAAUAGUGGGCACCCCUCGCGCUGCAUGUGGGCCGCGAAUUGCCGACAACAACGGGUUGCAGGAAAAGUGCAUCGUGAAGAAUAACAAAUCGAGAGUGUGAAACGCAAAAAUAAAAGGAAGAAAAAAUAGGAAAACCAACCGCUGGUGUGUCAUAACAAAGGAAUAGUGCAGCGUUCUGGGAGUAAGUGCGCGCGUGCGGCGUGUGUUUGAAGGAAAUUUUUGUUGAAGUAGCGUGUGUGUGAUUGAAAUUUAGCCCGACCGAGGAAGAAGAAAAAUAGGAGAGUCACAUAAGCGCUGAUACAAAUCGAAAAGUGCAAAGUGGUUGGAAUCACAAGUCGGCGGCGCGACGUAGUUCGUGGCAUCCAGUAUCGGAAGGAAAGUUAAAUUGGUGAAAAUCUUGAAUGUUUGCUUCUUGAAAGCACAGGUGUUUAUUGAAUGGGCAAACAACAAGAAUGAUGCAAAAGCGAGAUAUAGGCAAACGGGUUCAAGUUUCAUAUUGAAAAUCGGAUUACCUGGCAGUAGCAGCACAGCAGCAGUCAACGAAUAGGAAAGGCAAAACAAGAGACCGCAUCGUAAACACAGAGCAGUGUGAGAGCGCGACGACCACGACGAGGGGCGACGAGCAAAACGUGCACCAGUUUCGACGGCAGACGGCCCACGACGGCAUAGUGAAUGAAUAGAACGAGAGUGAAAAGUUGAGAUAGGCCCAGAGUACACAAGGCACAGGCGCAAAAAAUGAGCAUUGAACCAUCCAACGUAGCGCAAACAACAGCCACAACGAUACAAACAGCAACAACUACUACAACAACCACCGCAACAACUUUGCCAUCCAUCGGUGCGGAAGAGGAGGAAGAAUCGACACUGGUCGAAAUUUCAGCAUCUUCGUCGUCAUCGCCAACAACGGUAUCAUCACUGUCGCCAUCAUCUCGCGCUGGCAGCACUGGCACCGGUGACGAUGCGCCCGAAUCACAUCCGGAAGAUCCGACUGGGGUGGACGGAAAGUCAGCGACGACGGCGAGUACGACAACGAAGGCGAUGACAAUCUCGCGCGAAGACGUCGCCGCAUCAUUAGAUUCUUCAGAAGCCAGCACAGUGGCAUUAGUCGCGGAUCUGACUCCGGAGCAGAUCCAUCGUCAGCAACAGCAGCAGCAGCCGACACUAGCACCGGUGGCAGCGCAGGUUGCAACUGACACACCUGUAGAACAACAACGGAAUCUCUUUCCGAUCCAGUCCUCGUCCUCACUGUCGACUCCGUCCUCAUCCGAAGAAUACGAUGAACCUGUGAACACUAGCAGCACCGAAGGCGCCUUGAACGUUUCCAGUAGCAAUAAUCAACUAAACAACAAUAACAGUACUACAGCAAUAGUCAACAAUACCAACAACAGCAGCAUCGAGCAGCGGGAGGCGGCAGGCGAGCUAAGUUCAAUCGAAAGUGCUCUUCCACACGUCCCAUCUGGCUCGACGCCCAUACUGGUAACCAGUACCCCCGAAAACUCCCCCUGCAGCAAAUCGGAAGAGCAGAGGCCAGCACCGAUAGAGAUAGUACAAAUCUUUCCCUCCACUGCAAAAACGUUAUCCUCAACAAUAACGUUCUCUUCGUCAUCGUCCUCCCCAUCCUCGGUAUCUGCUUCUUCGUCAUCAUCGUCGUCGUCGGGCCCAUCAUCGGCGUCCUCAACCUCGUCGUCCCCUUCCGUUUCGCCGCUGGCAGUGGACCAACAGCCGCAAUCUACCGCCACGACAGCAGCAGCGGCAGCAUCAAGCGAGGCCACCGCCGCCGCACCUGAACCUCGUGCGGAAGUGGUACCGCCAAUGGCAAAGAUGGAUGACACUAUUGGCGGCAGUGAGCCGGAAAUCGAAGUAAAGUUCGACCAGGAGGUGCCUCAGAGUGUUGCCGAGGUGAGCAAAACGGCGGCGACCCUUAUGUAUCACAACCGCGAUUCGUCGUCGUCGCCGCAACUGCAGAGCAGCUUGAAAAAGUACAAAAUGGGAGAACGGAGCAGCGAAAGCGGACGGCGCGUUUCGUUCCCGCAGGAUGCGCAGCUCAUCACCGGCUACCUGGAGCCGAUUGAUCCGUGGGCGUGUGUGACCGUCAUAAGCGUGGCAGAGCUCAUCGAUCUGUAUAAGACUUCUUGUAGGAAGCACUACACCGAGCCGCUUCCCAUAAUCACGGAGCACCUCAACAAGCUCGACCUUGCGGCGAAUCAGCGAGUGCCGUCUCUGUCGCUCAAAGAUCAGAAUCUCAGCCAUGGCUCGUGCGAAGCGCUGGAGGAGAUCUUCAAACGUGUUCAGUACCGCAGUAUUAACCUCUCCAACGCCGGACUGGACGACACGAGUGCCAGCGUCCUGUUCGACAUGAUUGAAUACUACGAAGCUGCCAACGAGCUGGACGUUUCCGACAAUCUGGCCAUGACGAACAAGAGCUGGCUCGCCGCCAUCAACAUGGUCAAGAAGAGCCAGGCGCUGAACGUGCUCAUCGCCCGGGGCCCAGAACUGUCCGAUCAUCAUGCAACGGAUCUGGCUAAAGCCCUGAACACUUCCGCUCUCCAUACGCUCAGGCUGGAACACUGUGAGCUAAGUCAGCGCCCGCUGGCAUCAUUGUGCAAUUUGCUGAAGAGGAACACCGUACUACGGGAGCUAUCGCUGGCACACAAUCAGUUGACCUGUGACGAUGCCAAGAAUAUUGCAGGGCUGCUACGGUCCAACUAUUAUAUUCAGUUGUUGGAUAUAUCCAAUAAUAAAAUUGGGGAUAAGGGUGUAGAGUACAUUGUGAGCGCAUUGAUCGAGCAAUCCAUCUACUUCAAAACAAUGCAGGAAACGAAACGGAAGAGUGAGUUCAGUUUUGCGGAUCUCUCUAGCAGCCUGCAGAACAUCAAUUCCAACAAAAACUACUUUCCCAAUCCUUACGGAAAAACAUCACAACAACGGUUAUGUCACAGCGUGAAGCACACCCACGCCAAGCAACAGCAAGAUCAGCCUAAGUUGCCCGAAAGUUCGUUAUCCGGUGCCAUGUCUCCAACGCCUCUGGCAAUGGUGGCGAAGGAAAUUCCGAAGACACCACCGCCAACGCCGGCCUUACCCGUGCGCACACCGUCGGGAGAAGGUCUGCACAUGGUGACCAGCCUGUCACCGCCGGUUGAAACCCAGGAAGAGGAACCGCCACCCAGCCCUCCGAGUGCAAAAACGGCAGUAGCCGCCACAACUGCGUUAGAAGAAUCUUCAGAUUUACAAGAGAAAAGUACAAAUAAUGAUAGUGGUCUUAAUAGUAGUGUUUCUAGUGAAGCCGAACAAACGAAUAGCGAUAGUAGCGGAAGUAUUGUGGUGAGCACCGAAGUACAGAAUACACAGAAGAGCAGCAGCUGCUUGGAGGAGCACUCGGUUGGGCUAGUGGGGGUAACUACAGCAUUGGAUGGAGUGGGGGAUAGUGAAACGCCCAGUGACAUUAGUGGUGAUAAUUUGGUUGAUUCUGGUCUAGUGGUUUGUGAUCAGGCGGACAACAGUAGGACUGAUAGGGCUAGUGACGUCGAUGGUCCAGGGGAAGGCGUAGGAGAGAAACAGACUAUAGAACUAUCGUUCGACCUCGGCGUUGAUGAAGUGGAUGUGAAAGGACCGAAGAAAGCAAGACUGGCCAAACAGGACAGUAUACUAAGUGAAUUUGAGUCCAGUAUGCCCGAGCUUCGGCUGAAGACGGAUAUUCCAAAGAAAAAUUCCACCGGGAAUAGGACGGAAGAACCCAUGGAAGAGGAUACGCCGGAAAUUUGUGCAGAUUAUGAUGAUUCUAAUCUCAAAAUAGUGGAGGAGAACCUUCUCGUAGAUAGGAGUAUCAAUGCAACUAACAGUGAACAUAAAGACACCAAAGAACCUGCAGAUAAGCCGAAUCUUACGGAUAACGAUGAUAGCGCACCUGUCACGCCGUUGGCCACUCACAAAAAGGACGAACUGCAAUUGUUGUUAGAAAAAGCAAAACAGCAAGAAGAACAGGAAGCCUCUUCUGAACCUCCACCACUUCUGCAGUCAACCAUCCCAAUCAUUGAACCUAUUUCCACCGGACCCAGCGUAGAGGUGACAACUUCAAUAAGUGUCCCGGAAAAUCUCGGUACGAUUCCGCUAAAAAUCGUCAAGACGGAAGUCAAAGAUAAACCCCUCUCGCGAUCCUUAGAUAGUGCAGGGUCUGCGGAUUACGACAGUCCUUUCCUGGGCGGUAACCAAGCGCCGGUCUUCCCCAACGAACGCUCGUUCAGCUCGGAAAGUCUUAACAGCGAAACAUCGGUCGACUCGAAUGACUCGAAAAGUAGUUUGAAAAUAAUUGAAUCCAAGUUUGCGGCUCGCAAUGGGACGCUGGAAAGGCAACAGUCGAGCGUCAACAGGGAGGUCCCACCACCGGAUCAAUCGGCCAAUAGUCCGUGUGGGCUGCAAGUGUUGGUCCUUUGGAACAAUGAGAUUACCCGAAAUGCAGCCCAAACGUUCUCCGAUCUGAUAGAGAACACCUCCACGUUGGAGAUUCUGAACGUGGGCUGCAACUUGCUGUGCAAUGACUUCGUUGCCAGCAUCAAAAGCAGUCUCAAGUCGAACAGCAGUGUGACCAGUUUGGGGCUGCAGGGAGCGCACCUUUCGGAUAACGGGGCCAAAGUGAUGGGCGACGUGAUCGAGUUCGGUGGCAAUGCUACGCUGCAGCGAAUCGAUAUGCGGAACAACAACAUCCUGGCAGCGGGACUGGAGCACCUGAACGAGGCGAUGAAGUCGAACAAGACCGUCACGCGGAUCGACCUGGACGAUGUACCGAGGCGAAUGACGGGAAGCUCGCUCGAUAUUGGCCCGGAGUAUACCCGCCUUCUGAAUAACAUUCGUGCUCAGUGUGAGCGUAAUAAGAACCCGCCGGAACAAUCGGAACCGAUCAGCACCUCCAUGAAGCGCCUACGUGCAUCCCACUUCAGUUCGCGAAAAAUCUCACUUACCUGUCCAUCGAUUCGCGCACCUCCGACCGGGACAACCGUCGGCGAGAAGCACCAUCACCAUCUGCUGGACCCCAACAAGAAAACCGGUGGGCGUUUACGUUCUCCAUUGCCAAGUCCGAUCCCAUCACCCAUUGCAUCUCCGGUGCCGAGUCCUUCGCGGAAUCGUUUCCAGGUGACACGUGUCGGCGAGUCUACCGGCAGUACCAGUAGCCUCACCAGUAUCAACAACACGAGCAAUACAUCUACCUCACCGUCGCCCUCAUCGACGGGAAGCUCGCCGACACUGUUCUUCGCGGCAAAUUCGCGUUUUCGCGUUGUGACCGUAGAGGAGCCGGCAUCGUCGUCGUCGUCUGUGCCUAACUACCCGCUAGGGAAACUGUCAUCUUCGUCCAUAUCGCCAUCACCGCUCGUUACCAGUGGCAUCAGUCGGAUGCCACCUUCCAGCAGCAGUUCAGCCCCUGCAUUGUCCUCAUUCGUCAGUUCACCGAAACUAACAUCGUCUCCGAUUCUGCAAUCGGUUGCCACUAAUACGCCUCUGCCACCGGUGCUCGUACAACACCAACAGCUACUGCAGCAGGCACCUCUUGUGCUGUCACAGCUACCAUCACAUCCCCAGCAAACACAAUUCCCACCGUCCUUGCCAGCAACACCAGCUUCAGUCCCACCGACACCAAAGUCCAAACAUACAAGACUACCUUCCACCAGCAGCACACUAAACGAUUCGGUUAUCUCGUCGACAUCGAUCGAAAGCCCCGAUCUCGAAGUGAAACGGUUCAUGAGCGGAGCCGCAGGAUCCUAUCCAAGCACCGGACAUACUCGAACGCACUCCUCCACAAUGGACGACAGUUGCUGCUCGUCUAUUAGUAGCAGCAUCGAUUCGAUCGAUAACGCACAUUUCCGCAAUACCUCCAUCAGUUCGACGGACGAAAGCUUCGAUCUAAUCGUUACGUCACCGUCGUCUUCGUCGAUAUCGAUCGGAUCGGUGAGCACGGCUCCGCUAGUGAAGUCCACGUCCAGUCAACAGGGAGACAUAACACUUAUCCCACAAAAACAACAACAACAACAACAACAACAGCAACAACACCAGCAAAAGCCACAACCACAAUCGUUGAUUCCAACGAUCAAAGAACCGCCCAGCAUAUUGGUCAAUGCCAAUCUGUUAAAGGUGAAAAACAAUAGCUUGUCUAGUCUGGAAAUGAGCACUAGCUCGCAGGAAUCGUUGUACGAUGUGCAAGAUCUGUCGUCGGUUUCGGUGUCGUCGUGUUCGGGCGGAUCGUCUUCGCUGGUCGGAGGUGUCGUCGCUGCCCGUUUGACGGCACAUCCGGCCAGCAGCUGUGGGAAUUCCAAUGAAAACACCCUGACGUCGAUCCAGAGCUUGGAAAAAGACGCUAAACCAGCAGCAGGUGCGGGUAAAUCCUCGGAGAAGCCACCCCGAGUGCGGAAAACCUCGUGGAUACCAUCUAUCGGUAACCACCCGAAAGCGGACAGCGGUUCGACGGCUUUAUCCGGUGGCAACAGUGGCUACUCGCCAGCUAUCGAAAAGUUGAUGUCCAUAUUCCAUAACCCAUUCUCCUCCAGCAAAUCUAGUCCACCGAGUUCCGAAUGUGGAACUGUAACAACCGGCGGGGGGAGCUCAACUGCUGCGAAGGAGAACACUUCCUCUUCGCAACCUCCUUCACGGAAGGAAAGCCCCAUGGGAGGUUUGUUCGGGUGGGCAACCAAAUCAGCAAAGGACGAGGAUAAAGUUCUGAAGGUAAACGUGUCGCCGGAGAACACCAUCACUCCCCAGGUGCAUGCGGUUAGUCACUCUCAACAAUCGCCCCAGCUACCAGCCUUCAGCGUGGACAGCAUGCCUAGUCAGUUGAAGGCGGAAAUCAAGGAGAACAUCUCCCCUGAGAACACCAUUAACAAUAAGCUCUUAGUAAAUCCUCCCCCAUCAUCGCAAGCCAUAACCACUCCAGUUGGUGCGGCAGUGCCAGCCCCGAUAGCGACGGCGGCUGGAUCACCCCAUCCGAAAGUAAUAUUCCACUUAGGCGGCGACUACGAAGAUUCCGAGGAUGACAUCGACACGCUCACGAACAAAUACGGCGGCGGUGGUGGCGGUAGCGUUGGCACAGGCUUGAACCCACCCUUGUCGACGUCUAUCCUGGGAACGAGCGCCGGAAGCACUACCACCAACAGCAGUGGCAUCAGCAUCAGCAGCAACAUGGCCGAUGGAUCACCCAUUCCGCCACCCAGUGGUGGUAGCAUCGGCAUCCUACAAACCAGCCAUCUGGGUCAGCUGGCGCGCGAUUCCUUGACCACCAUGUUCAAGAACUCGUCGCUCACAUCCCAGGACUCGAUCCGCUCGAUGGAUUCCUUGGCCGAGAUGACCGAAACCCAGAUAGCAUCGCGUCCGCACCAGCACCACCAGCAGCAGCAGCCCCGACCCGAUGACACGCAUCAAGCUCAGUAGCGGACUUGGGUGGAACGUAAAAGUGUCGAAUGGUUGAUAUGAUUUCAGCACUGACUGAUGUGUCGGUCUUCAUCAAGGAGGAAGGUGAUAUUUUUGCGCGGUUCCUAUCACCUGCAUACCUAUUUGCGAAACUGCUCUCGAACUGUGCUAUGAUUUCCCCCCGGGAAGAGUUAGGAUCGUGUACGCGUCGUUGCGUUUCUGGAUUGCAUGAUUCGAACAUUCCCCACCAUCAAAAUCAGUAUCGUAAAACGGUAAUGUAUCUAUCCCUAGUGUGUUUUUUUUUGUCCAUUUAAAUUGUGAGAGGUAAGAAGUAAUUAAUGUGCCUUCUUUAAAAAAAAGCGAACACUGCGAGUGCUGAUCCCCGGCUUGACCGGUCAAAACAAGAAGAAAGAAUACGAAGCGAGACUGUACCGAGCACAGGUGAAAGGUAACGAGUUACUUAAAUUAUACAACUUAUAAUUACGCAAAACAA